AACCAUAUUAAUUUAAUUAGUCAUUAUUGCUUAAAGAUUAACAUAUUUGUCAUUAAAAAUUGUAUCUUAAAUAUACUCAAUUACAUACUAUUUUUGGUUAUAUUAUUAUUUAAUUAUAGAUAUCAAUCCAGAUAAAAUCCAGGUUAUAUUCGGUUAGAAUAUAUACCGUUUUCCUUUAUCAUCGACAUACGUACUCUAACCAGACAACUAUUUAAUUUGAGUCAAAAUUUAUACGAAGAUUUUAUAAGUUGUUGCCAUGUAGUGCAAUUACAAAUUUAUGUUGAUACUCUUGAGCAACUUAAUGACAAUUUUGAAAAAUCACAAUCUAACCUUGAAGAAGAAAACUAUGACGAAUUUGAAGGUGAAGCAAGAUCUAAUUUUUCCGAAUCAUAUGUGGAAUUAAAAACAGCGCUUAUGAUAGCACUUAACAAUCGCCGAUCUAACAAUGUGCAAUCAUCUACCAGAUAUCCAUCAACAGAUGAAACUUCUUCCAUCAACAUUAAGUAUUCUCGGUCAAGAUUACCUGAACUGCAAUUACCUACAUUCAAUGGCAAAAUUACAGAAUGGCCGUAUUUUUAUGCUAUGUUUAAGACGAUUGUUGAUAGCAGUGCAGAUCUAAGUAAUCUAGAGAAGCUUCAGCAUCUGCGAUCAUGUUUGAGGUAUUCUGCGUUGGAUACAAUUAAGUCACUUGAAGUUAAUGACUUAAACUAUGAUAAGUCACUUAAUUUACUUGUUAAGAUUUGACAAUAAAAGAUUUAUUUUUCAGGCACACAUAAAUGAGUUGUUUGGGCUGCGACGAGUUGAACCAAAUUCAGUAGAAGGACUACGUCGAUUAAGUGAUAAAAUAAAUUCGCAUUUGCAAGCGCUGUCGACAUUGGGCAAUAAAGAACAAAUCGCUGACUGUCUUAUUAUUCACCUUGUUGCGCAAAGGUUGGACCCAACGUCACAUUCGAAACAUCAUUUGAUACAAUACCGACAUGGAAUGAAAUGUCUAAAUUUGUUGGCAAGAGAUGCCAGGAUUUAGAGCACGUUAUUUACUCCACUAGAGCUGCUGUUAAUAAUAACAACAGGGGAGCCCAGUGUUUCCCAUUUAAUCGAAAGACUUUUGUCACCAUAAAAUCACCAACAUCUAGAUGCACAUUUUGUAAUGAUACUAAUCAUUUCAUUUAUGCUUGUUCUAAAUUUGCCAACCUUUCUCCAAAACUGCGUCUGAAUGAAGCUAGAAGGCUUAGUCUUUGCUAAACUGUUUAAAAAAACACAUCAUUUAAAGCAGUGUAAAUCUUCGCGUUGUCGUCUCUGUUCAGAACAACAUCAUACACUUCUACAUUUCAAUAAUCUCGUUCAGACCAAUGUAUCUUCUGCGCUUUCUACUAUGUCUUCUGAUUUGACUGCGAAAAACAAUACAACAUCAACUGCUGAAUCAUAUAUAAAAGCUUCAUUGGUAUCAACGAACUCAUCGCAACAGCGCCCAAACUAUCCCUCAUUAGAAUGUUACUGCAGUUAUUUUAGUAAAGAAUCGUGCGGGCUCCUUCGUGCCAUGCCGUGCCAUUUUGCACUCUGCUUUCCAGUUACACUUUAUUACAAAAUCGUUUGCAAAUCAACUGCAGCUGAAAUCAACAAAAUCCAUCACUAUGGUAUCUGGAAUUGGUGAUGGGGAUUUUGUCUCUAAUAGUUCCAGAGCUAACUAUACAGUCUCGUUUUGUCAAAUACUCAACUAACAUUACUGCAGUUAUCACCACUAAAAUCACUGAUCAGCAACCCAGUAGUAACGUCAAUACUAGUUCCAAAAAAUCUACAGCUUGCAGAUCUAAAAUUUAACAAUUCUCAACGAAUUGAUGUUCUUAUAGGUGCAGCUCUUUUCUUCGAAUUAUUAUGCGUUGGUCAAAUUCGCUUGGCUCCCCAAUUGCCAAUACUACAAAAAACAUUACUCGGAUGGAUAGUUUCAUUUAAGUUAAUAUGCUACUCCAUCAGCCACAUUAGCGGCCUUUAAAAAGACAUCAUCUCAAAUUGAACACGAUUUAAGUUUGGAUCAACAAGUCAAAAGCUUUUGGGAAACGGAAAACUGUUUUGAUUGGAUUGUCAAAACAACGAAAGAACUUUUAGAUUGUGAAACUCAUUUUAGGACGCAUUUUUCUCGCAAUGAGUCAGGUGAAUAUUCUGUUCGUUUACCGCUAAGACUAGAUAUAGAUCUACUUGGAGACUCUUAUAUUCAAGCCUUGCGACGUUUUCAUAGCUUAGAACGCAAACUACAGCUAAACCUUAAUUGUAAGACGCAAUACAUUGCUUUCAUGAAGGAAUAUUUGGAUCUUAACCACAUGUCUUCAGUUGCUGACACUGAAGCAUGUCUUCCGAAGUAUUACUUAUCACAUCAUUGUGUUCUAAAGGCGUCUAGUUCUUCCACAAAGCUGCGUGUUGUGUUUGACGGUUCAGCACCAACUUCUACAGGAUAUUCUCUGAAUGAUAUACUAAUGUCAGGACCUACAAUCCAGUCCAAUUUGAUUGACAUACUUCUUCGAUUCCGAUCCUUUCCUAUCGCGUUGACAGCAAAUAUUUGCAAAAUGUAUCGUUGUGUUGGCGUUACUCCACCUGAUAAUUUUCUACAAUGUAUACUAUGGAGAAACGAUCAUCAGGAACCGUUAAAGGAUUAUAAAUUAGAUACUGUUACUUAUGGCAC